AGCCGGGAGGUGUCAUCACCCGGGUUCUCGCUUAGCACAUCUGGUCGGGCAACACUGGGGUGAUGUGACUGCAACUGGAAUGCACACUUGUGUUUGCGCAGGAAUUCGUCUUUUGUUCGUGCUAAAACUGUCUGGUGAGUCCACACACCACCCAAUAAAAGGCCUUCGACUCAGUUUUGAUAAAUCAACAGCGAUGGUCUACCCAGGUGACGAGACCAGCGGCCACUAUGUCAGAGAAAAGAUCAAGCAGCGAGUCUAGCGACUCAUCUUCCCUCAUCAGCUACCGUAGCGUUGAACAUCAGGACAAAAUCCAUUCGGAGCCUGAGAAACAACGCGAUGCCAGCUCAGACAGUGACACUUCCCCGGGCAGCCCACACUCCACCCAAGUGCAUCGAGUUCACUUUGGCAUCGACAGAACAUUCUCGUACGGGGGUUGGCAACCUGGAAUGGGACCCCUAAGCCAGACGUCAUCUCAUUUGCGGCGUCGCUCGUCAGCGCACCCAUCCAUCGACAUCACAGAAGCGCCUCAACGACGAAACACGCAGGCUAUAGCCCGUUAUAGAUGGGGUCAGGGAGACCUUGAAGGGUCGCCAUCGCGUGCGCCUCAUGCCGAUAUGAGGCCGAAGAAGACUCGCCUGCGAGAUUUUCGAGAAAUAGUCAGAAGAAAGACUGCUUAUUGGGCUGCUCGCCUGGGACGUCCUACAGAAGGCGAGGAUGACCUACAGCCGAUCGACUACCGCCGCCGUAGUACAGACAUUCAAAUCAACCAGGAAGCAGAAGUAAAAGAUCAGAUGACUUGCAGCUCGGAAGCGCACCGUAUCAUUCGAGGCUUGACACACGACGACACUGGGCGCCGCCGUAGCACGCGUAACGACUCAGCUAUGCACCAUGCGAUUGACAUGCCUCCAGAUUAUGCAAAUGGGAUUGCCGGAGAGGGAGCAUCUGAGGGUCGCUCAACAGGAGGAAUCCUAUCUCAUCUGCUCCGCCUGAGCGGUGGUUUGGACCACGUCCAGAGAUCGGCGCGAGGACUAGACAUGCCCUCGGGGAUGUGGACGCCCUUUGGCGGAAGCACUCCGGGGGCGACCACCCCCCGCAAGGGAAAGCCACGAUGGUAUAAAAAGCAACCCAACAUUUCCAGUUCCACCCUAGUAGGGGCCGGAAGCCAUAGUGGUGCCAGUACUCCCAUUUCUGAUCAGCUUCUCGAUGUGGCCUCGAGGCGACGCGACAAGCAUUCCCGGCGCCGCAGCUUCAGACUAGAGGAUGAGAUUCAGGUGACUCUCCGCAUCGCUGAGAUUAUUGCACGGCAGCGGUACAUCAUGCAGCUGUGCAAGGCGCUCAUGAUGUUCGGAGCACCUACUCAUCGCUUGGAGGAGUACAUGCUGAUGACCUCUAAGGUGCUUGAGAUCGACAGCCAAUACCUAUACGUCCCGGGAUGCAUGAUCAUGUCCUUUGAUGACCCAAGCACUCGAACAACGGAGGUGAAGCUCGUCCGCGUUGUUCAAGGAGUAAACCUUGGACGUCUUUCCGACACCCACAAUGUUUACAAAAACGUCAUACACGACGUGAUUGGCAUCGAAGAGGCCACGGGGGAACUGGAAGAACUCAUGACCAAGAAGCCGCGGUUCAACAAAUGGAUCAUUGUCUUCGUUUAUGGCCUCGCAACAGCCAUGGUGGGACCUUUCGCCUUUGACGCGCGACCCAUCGACAUGCCCAUAAUUUUCUUCAAUGGCUGCCUUCUUGGCGUCAUGCAACACGUUAUAGCGCCUCGCUCAGUGCUUUACAACAACGUCUUCGAAGUCACCGCUGCAGUGCUCACCUCUUUCAUCGCUCGUGCAUUUGGCAGUAUCCAUCGCACUCACGGUUCGGGGCGCCUCUUUUGCUUCUCAGCCAUCGCUCAAUCCUCGAUCGCGCUCAUUCUCCCCGGCUAUACCGUCCUCUGCAGCAGCCUCGAGCUUCAAUCGCAUCAGAUCGUCGCCGGCUCCAUCCGGAUGGUCUACGCGAUCAUCUACUCCCUCUUCCUUGGCUACGGCGUCACCGUCGGCACGACAAUCUACGGCCUGAUCGACACCAACGCCACCUCGCGCCUCAGCUGCCCCUCGACGGGCGCGUUCAAGAACCCUUACCUCCAACGCUUUCCUUUCGUCGCCCUCUUCUCCCUGUGUCUCCUCGUCGUCAACCAGGGCAAAUGGAAGCAAGCCCCUGUGAUGACUACCAUCGCCAUCGCCGGCUACGUCACCAACUACUUCGUCUCGGCGCGUCUCGGCAACAACUCGCAGGUCGCCAACACGGUCGGCGCCUUUGUCGUCGGCGUCAUCGGCAACCUCUACAGCCGGCUGUGGCACGGCCACGCGGCCGCCGCCGUUCUGCCCGCCAUCUUCGUCCUGGUCCCCUCCGGCCUCGCCGCCACCGGCAGCCUGAUCACCGGGGUCGACACCGCCGAUCAAAUCCGCUCCAACGUGACCAAAAACCAUACUUCGGACAGCUCAACUUCGUCGUCGCAGAACUCCAUGUCCGCGAAUAUCCUCGGGUUCGGAAUGAUCCAGGUCGCGAUCGGCAUCACGGUCGGCUUGUUCGUGGCUGCCUUGGUGGUUUAUCCGUUUGGGAAGCGGCGGAGUGGGUUGUUUAGUUUUUAAGAAUAUUCGCGAAUGAUUCUUGCUACAAAUGCAUUGGGCAAUGUGCUGCAUAUUAGACCCUAGAUUUGCAGUGGAGAUACAAUGGAUCAUAGAUUGCAGGUGCAGGUGAUUGAGUAUGGAGAGAUGGUUGACCACUCGCGGACAAUCUGUAUAAGCACCGAACCAAGGUCCUAAACCAAUAAGAACAAGGGUUGCAGGAUACAGUUCGUAGCUAAAAGACAUACAUAGACUGCAUUCUGUACUCUAUGUAUUUCCAACAGAUUUCACCACCCUCUACUCAUCCGGCUUCUCAUCUCAUACCUUACUUGAACCUACUGUAUAUAGCGCACUCCAAUUGACCUAGUAAGGCC